UGUAGGAUAUUUUUCAAGAUUAUAAAGAACCUUUAUUAGUGAUAAAGGUCGAAACACUUCAUAUAAUUAUGAAUAUUUUUAGUUAUUUUAUAAAAAGCGUUUAUAUCAUUAACAGGACUAAAGAUAGUACCGUGUAAAAAUCAUAUUAAUCAUAUGAUUCAUCACAGUCACUGUUUAAAUAAGAUGACCUGAGUUAAGGACUUUGAACUUGAGGAAUGUGUAGCACAUUGUGUCUAGGAAGUGAGAUGUGUAAUACGAAAAUUAUAAGAAUGCCAUUAUAAUACCGUAACACAAAUUAUAAAAACCUCAAAACCAGAUGUUCUUCAUACUGAAUUAUCUAUGCCGAAUAAAAUUAUCGCGCCUUAUUAAAUUUCUAUACUUUGCAUUUCUUUUAAUAAUUUUUUAUUUUUUAAUUAAGGUAUUUCAUUAUGAAAAGUCUCAAAAAAUUAUUUUAUGGUGGACACCUUUCAUGCCAAAUUAUGAUAGGAUAGUAAAAUGCCAGCCUGGCGGAUAUAAAUGUAUACUAAGUAGUAAAAGAGAAUAUUUGCAUGACAAUAAACUGGGUGCGUUGAUGUUUUAUGGAAGCAAAAUUCUUAAUCAUGAUUUUCCUUUGCCAAGAAACGAAAAAAUUCCUUGGGCAAUUUUUCAUGAAGAAUCUCCAAAGAAUUAUGGUCCCAUAUUAUUUAAAGAAACACAAGACUUAUUUAAUAUUACAUCAACAUUUAGCCAAAACAGUGAUUUUCCUGUAACUUUGCAGUAUUUUGGAAACCUAAGUCUUCUGACAGAUGAAAAAUAUUUUGUCUCCUUGGAAGACAAAAAUUUGUUUUUGAAGCAACUUUCGCCAGUAUUAUAUAUACAAUCAGACUGUGAUACCCCUAUUGGAAGAGAUUAUUUUGUAGAAGAAUUAUCGAAAUAUAUAAAAAUUGAUAGUUAUGGUAAUUGCUUGAAAAAUAAGGAGUUUCCAAAAGGAUUAUCAAAAUUAUAUCCUUUAGAUGUUUAUAAUGAGGAAUUUAUGAAAUUUAUAGCGAAAUACAAAUUUAUAAUUUCUAUUGAAAAUGCUGCAUGUGAAGAUUAUGUGACAGAAAAAUUUUGGAGACCACUCAUUGUUGGUAGUAUACCCGUUUAUCUAGGCGCUACCAAUAUAAAGGAUUGGAUGCCAAACAAGAAUUCAGCUAUUUUAGUGAAGAAUUUUAAAAAUGCGCAAUCUUUGGCGGAAUUCAUAAAAUAUGUAAAUGAAAAUGAUACUUUAUAUAACAGUUUUUUAACACAUAAAACUCUAAAGAAAAUAGAAAAUAACCUGUUGAAAUCUCAAAUUUUAACAGAUAAUCCCAUAACCGAUUUUGAAUGUUAUGUUUGCACACAUAUACAUGAACAGAUGAACGAUUACAAAAUAGAAAACAAAAAUAUUUAUAAAUGUCCAAAACCGAACCCACACAACAAAGAAAACACUUGGGAUCAACAUUGGGAUAUAGGAAGAUGUCAAUCAAGAGCACUUAAACUUUUGAUAAGCAAGAAUGUAUCCUAUACAGAAGAAAAAUUCGAAGAAACUUGGAAGUAUCUUUAUUACAACAAAAAAUGCUAUUAAAUUUUUUUAUCCUUCGACCUAAUUCUCUAUACGGAUGCUUCCAAAGCUGAAUCCGGUGUCGGUUGCGCAGUUACUACAAAUCACGAACUUAUAAGUUCUUUCCGCUUACCCUCGACGUGUAGUGUUUGCACUGGUGUGCAUACAGUAUACUUCAAGCUUUCAAAUUUAUCUCUCCUCCCAAUAAACAUAUCACCUUAUGUAAUGACUCUCUUUCAUCCAUUCACCGACCAUCCAAUAAUCCAACAUUCAUGACAUCUACCAAACUCUCAUUGUUCUUGAUAUAACAGCCUUUCUCAUCUGGCUUCCAUCGCACACUGGAAUUACUGGAAACGAAUCUACAGAUCGCCAUGCCAAAGAAGCUACAAAGAAUCAUCCUAAAAUUCCAGUUCAAGUUGCCAAUGAUCUGAAAACUAACUUCAAAAAUCUUAGCGCUAUAUUUAGGGCAAGAGUACUACAGCAUUACAAAACUUACUCACAGCUAUUUAAUCAGAAAGUCAUCCUGUCUGACAAAGUUGUCACGUUCUUGUGUCUGUUAAGUACAUCCUCACAGACUGAAGAGAAUACUCUACCGCAUACCAGCAGUUUGAUAUGAAAACCAACCUCAAUGAGACCCUUAACUGCCCGACGGAAAUGAAGAAAAUCAUAGAGCUUCUUGGUGAUGGCGUUGUGCGUGUUCGGGCUUGAAUCCGAAUUGGAGCUUUAGAAUUGUAUUAUGCUCGGUACAGAAGUCCCAGAUUCUGUCUUUGAUCAGACGUUUAAGGACUUUACCCAGGACGCUGAUGAGCGAUAGAGGGCGGUAAGAUUCAGGGUCUUUGCCGGGUGUGGAAAUGAUAUCAGUGCUGGCGGAUUUCCAGAAUUGGGGAAAGUAUGAAUAUGCCAAGCAAGCGCUAAAUAGGCCUCAGAGCUGGAGGAAGGCUGUCUCUGCCAGGUUUUCCAAUACUUGCUUGAGAUCCCGUUCCGCCCGGGAGCGGAGCUCCUCCCAGCUCGGCAAGACAACUAAACGACUUAUUUGGAAUUUCUGGGACCGUUAGUGAUAUUCAUAUUGAAUACACUAGCUGCUUUCCAUUUACAUUCAAUUGAACUGAGACACUCAGUUAUGUGAGUAUCUUAUACACAGAUAAUGACGUCAUUGUGCAGAUUGCUGGUAAAAACUCAGUUGGGUCUUAUUUGGGAGACGGAAAAGGAACGUACAUUAAACGACGUCAGAAUAAUCUAAGUUUUGAUGUUAAUGGAAAGCAGCUACUAUUCACACUUCUACUAACCAAAGGUUUGUUUUUGGUAGCUGUACUGAACUGGACCAGUGCAGACCAGUUCAUGAGUGUAUAGAAUUAGUUCGAUCGGAUACAAAAAACGAUUUAGUACAGAGAGCAAUGGAGCAUUUGUUGACUGUUGUAUUUGAGGUUAUUUGAUGUGAUUCAGGCCUUGUAGUAUUAAGAAUAAUGGAAAACGAUUUAGUACUUUUUAAUAUUUUAUGUAAUAUGACGAAGAUAUAAUGCUACCGUUUCCAGAUUACAUUGUAUUGCACUGCGUUGAUUGAACUUAUUCUAGACCCAGUACAAGCAGUACAGUGAACUGGGUGAACUAGUUAUCUUGCACUGCUACUAAGAACAGCGACACUAGCGCCGAUUCUGCUACAAAUAACGCUUUAGUGUACACUUCCUGAACUAAUUCUGCAAGUGCAGCUACCAGAAAAAACCUUAACACUCACAAUUACAUUUCACCUUCAGUCUCUGAAGACGAUAACUUGGUUAUCGAAACUGGAAUCAGGCAGUGUAUAUUGGUGUAGUGGUGGUGUAAACAUUGUGCUCAGUAUUAUUGAUUUUUCAAAACUUAAAUAAUUUUAAAAAUUAGUUUUUUGUCAAGCAAGUCUAAACCUCAAAAAAUAAAAAGAAAGGUUAUGUUUUAUUUCUUAAAAGAUUCAUUUCAUCUUUCCAGGUACACUUUGUAGAUAGAGUCAGGGCCGGAUUAAGAUUUAUAAGGCCCGAGGCUUAAAGGGCCCCCUUAAAGAAUCCAGAAACCUGGAAAAACAAGAGUAAUAGAAGUGAUAGGUAUUUCCAAUAAAUUAAUUAUAUCACAUAUUUUCUGUACAAAUAUAAUGUUUUCCAAAAGAUGGGGCUCGCGGCUAUACCCCCCCCAGGUCCAUAGCUUAAUCCGGCCCUGGAUAGAAUUAAUUAUUAAUUCACCAAUGACGCCUUCUAAAGGAUUUAAAAACUUUAAAAAAAUUUGCACAUACCUAAAUAAGUUGAGAUUGGCCAAUCACUCUUUAAUAUAAAUAAUCAAGGUCAUCCGUUUUGAACUAAGAGCGACGACUUGACAUAUUAUAUCGAUUAAACUUGUUAAAAUUAUAACAUGAAAAAUAAUUCAAUGCAAAUGUUUUGUUAGAGAAUUAUAAACGCUGCUAUAGUAACGGAGUAUGUUUAUUAUAUCAGGUUUGACAUUUCUAUCCAAAAAAUAUCAGUAUUAUUAAGACAGUUCCAUUUUAUAAAAUCUCCCGAAUAUUAACCAUUUGUUUUGGAAAAUAUUUAUGGCUACAGCCCCCAGAGAUGGAAUUCGUAUCUUAAACAAGUUAAACGAUUGCACUAUAUGCGACAGCAUACAGAAUAUAGCUCCUUCUCCGACCCUUUGUGAUUUACACGAUUUAAAAAAUCAAAGUACUUCAAAUGAGUGUGUGGACAUUCAAAAUUCGAACAAUAAAAAGGAAUCACCUAAUGAAGAUUCUGAUAGUGAAGACUCCCAAGUAAGUUAUGUCGAUGACUUUGAGGAAGCUGGUGUUUCAGAUAACAGUAUAAAUGACGAUAUCCACAAUCUCGUCACGGAAAGUCGAAAUACAUUUUGCGCUUCUACUACUAAUGAUGUAAGACAUAAUCGUACAUUUCCAGAUCCAGAAUUGAGGGAAAUUGAAAGAAAUAAUGAAAUAUUAAUGAAAAAAAUAUUGUAUCAUAAUCGAAGACCUAACCAGUAUCAAUCAAAAUCUAGUGGAUUUAAAUUAUUAUCAAGCGCGGCAAUCAAUCGGAAACGUCAAGAAGCAAAAAUUGCUAGAGAAAAUCAAAUUCUGUUGAGGAAAAUUCAAAGUGUAAAGUCAUCUUUUCAAAAAUAAAAUUUUUAUAUAGUCA